AUGGUUUUAGCAGAUUUAGGGAAGCGUAUCAAUAAUGCCGUCAAUGGCGCUUUAUCCAAUUCGAAGGAUGAUUAUACCACCACUGUGGAUAUCAUGUUAAAAACAAUUGUUACUGCAUUAUUAGAAUCAGAUGUCAACAUCAAGUUAGUUUCUCAAAUGCGAAAUAAUAUUAAAUCGAAGUUAAUGGAAAGUAAAACCGCAUCAAGUUCAGUAACAAAUGCUCAAACUAAAAAAUUAAUUCAAGAAACAGUCUUUGAUGAACUUUGUAAUUUAGUAGAUUAUAAAUCUGAUCAACCGUUCCAGCCUAAAAAGAGACAAACCAAUGUUAUCAUGUUUGUAGGUUUACAAGGUUCUGGUAAGACCACAUCAUGUACCAAAUUGGCUGUUUAUUAUUCCAAGAGAGGUUUCAAAGUUGGGUUGGUUUGUGCAGAUACUUUCCGUGCAGGUGCUUUUGAUCAAUUAAAACAAAAUGCUAUUAAAGCUCAUAUCCCAUUUUUCGGUUCUUAUACUGAAGCUGAUCCAGUUAAAGUGGCUGCUGAAGGUAUUGCCAAAUUUAAAAAGGAAAAAUUCGAUAUUAUCAUUGUAGAUACAUCUGGUAGACAUCGUCAAGAAGAAGAAUUAUUUAAGGAAAUGGUGGAAAUCUCCAAUGUAGUUAAACCAAACCAAACCAUUAUGGUUUUGGACGCUUCUAUUGGUCAAGCUGCUGAACAACAAUCUAAAGCCUUUAAAGAUUCAUCAGAUUUCGGUGCUAUCAUCUUGACCAAGAUGGAUGGUCAUGCUAAAGGUGGUGGUGCUAUCUCAGCAGUCGCUGCUACAAAUACUCCUAUUAUUUUUAUCGGUACUGGUGAACAUAUUCAUGAUUUCGAAAAAUUCUCUCCAAAAUCCUUUGUUUCUAAAUUAUUAGGUAUUGGUGAUAUUGAAAGUUUAUUAGAACAAUUUCAAACCGUUUCUAAUAAAGAAGAUACUAAAGCUACAAUGGAAAAUAUUCAACAAGGUAAAUUUACUCUAUUAGAUUUCAAGAAACAAAUGCAAACUAUAAUGAAGAUGGGACCCCUAUCGAAUAUUGCUCAAAUGAUUCCAGGGAUGGGUAAUUUAAUGAGUCAAGUUAGUGAAGAAGAAACAUCACAAAAGAUGAAAAAAAUGGUGUAUGUAUUGGAUUCAAUGACAAAACAAGAAUUGGAAUCUGAUGGUAGAAUAUUUAUUGACGAACCAAGUAGAAUGGUUAGAGUGGCCAAGGGAUCUGGUACUUCUGUUUUUGAAGUGGAAAUGAUUUUAAUGCAACAACAAAUGAUGGCAAGAAUGGCAAAGGGUGCCCAAGGUGCUGGUGGGAUGCCAGGCAUGGGCGCUAUGCCAGGUAUGGGCGGUAUGCCAGGUAUGGGUGGAAUGCCAAAUAUACCUGGGAUGCCAAAGAUAUCUCCUCAAAUGAUGCAACAAGCUCAACAAAGACUAAGGCAGAAUCCAGGUAUGAUGGAAAAUAUGAUGAAUAUGUUUGGUGGUGCCGGUGGUAUGCCAGGAAUGGGAAGCGCUGGUGGUAUGCCAAAUAUGAACGACAUGAUGAAGAUGAUGCAAGACCCAAAGAUGCAAGAAAUGGCAAGACAAUUUGGUAUGUAA